AUGUUGGAUAUAAAAACACUCCGGGCAGACCCGCAAGCCUGUGCAAAACUUUUAGCCGUCAAAGGUUUUCAAUUCGACGUAGAUUAUUUCCUGGAGCUGGAGAAUCAACGCCGGGUCCUGCAACAAGAAAGUGAACACCUGCAGAAUGAACGCAACCAGAAAUCAAAAACCAUUGGCCAGGCAAAAGCCCGGGGUGAGGACAUCGCGCCUCUGGUCGCUGAGGUAGGCGAUCUGGGCGAUCGAUUGGAUCAGGCCAAAGAACGUUUCAACGUAUUGCAGGACGAACUGCAGAGUUUCCUGCAGGCCAUACCCAAUACACCCGAUGCUUCUGUUCCAGAAGGUACUGACGAGGAUGACAAUCAGGAGAUUCGUCGCUGGGGAAACCUGCCCGCUUUUAAUUUUGAACCUAAAGAUCAUGUCGCCCUGACCGAAGGCGGCAGUAUGGAUUUUGAAGCUGCGGCGAAGAUCUCAGGGUCCCGUUAUGUGGUACUUCAUGGACAGCUGGCGCGAUUACAGCGCGCCCUGACACAAUUCAUGCUCGACACGCAUAUCAACGAGCAUGGCUAUCAGGAAGUGUACGUGCCGUACAUUGUUAACGCGGACAGUCUGUACGGCACCGGACAGCUGCCUAAGUUUGCACAGGAUCAGUUUCGCAUCGAGGGCGAGCAGGAAACUUACCUUAUCCCAACCGCCGAGGUGCCGGUAACCAACCUUUACCGUGACAGCAUUGUUGCUGUCGAAGAGUUACCGAUCAAACAUGUUUGUCAUUCACCCUGUUUCAGAAGUGAAGCCGGUGCGCAUGGACGAGACACCCGGGGCAUGAUUCGCCAGCACCAGUUCGAAAAAGUUGAAAUGGUUCAGCUUGUUCAACCGGAGCAAUCCUGGCAGUCAUUCGAUGAAUUGACCCACCAUGCCGAAAACAUAUUGAAAACUCUGGAACUACCUUUCCGCACAGUCGUACUAUGUGGCGGCGACCUCGGCUUCUCGGCCCGCCGCAUGCAGGCACGCUAUCGUGACCCGGCAACCAACAAACCGGUCAGCUCUGAUCUGCGUUUGAUUAUCUCAGCCACCAAUAACCGUGAAGUCAACAGAUUCGUCUAUGACGCAGCUAUCCAGGCUGGUGUGCUGGUCAACUGCGUCGACCAGCCGGACCUAUGUACGUUCAUUUUCCCCGCGAUUGUUGACCGCAGCCCGAUUCUGAUCGCCAUCAGCAGCAUGGGCAAUGCGCCCACGCUGGCAAGGGUGGUACGUGGCUGGAUCGAAGCUCAGUUAUCACCUAACUUAGGUAAACUGGCUGAGCUGGCACAAAGUCUGCGAGAUCGCGUCAAGCUCGAGUUGCCAUCUGUUGACGCGCGCAAAUCAUUCUGGGAAACGCUGUUUCGCUCGGCUGCUGCCGAGUCUGCCAUGCAGGGCAACCUGCAGGACGCAAAGACAAAAGCAGAAGCGAUGUUGGCAGAAAGUGCAACUGGUGAAACCGGCGGCAUACCUCAGGCCAGUGUUGCAUUGAUUGGCGCUGGACCUGGCGAUCCGGAACUGAUUACUUUAAAAGCUUUACGCCUCAUUCAGAGCGCUGAUGUUAUUUUGUACGACAAGUUAGCAAACCCGGCGAUUCUGGAUUACGCACGACGGGAUGCAGAGUUCGAAUUUGUCGGCAAACAGGGCCCCAAACCGGGCAGUCCACCCACACGACCGGACAAUCGCGGCAAUCAACAGUUCAGUAUUAACGACCGUAUCGUUGAACAUGCCCGCGCUGGUAGAAACGUUGUACGUCUAAAAGGCGGCGAUCCCUUUAUCUAUGGGCGUGGUGGCGAGGAAAUGGAACAGGUCAUCGAAGCAGGCUUUGACGUCAUCAUGGUGCCCGGCAUUACCGCUGCACUGGGCGCUGCAAGUUACGCCGGCAUUCCGUUGACCUACCGCAACCUGUCUCAGUCUGUGCGCUUUGUCACCGGCCAUCGCGUGGAGAAUGUCAUCAAUCUGGACUGGCCCGAAAUGGGUCGUCGCGAUCAGACGCUGGUGAUUUACAUGGGCCUUGUUGGGCUACCGACCAUUCUGGCCAAACUCAUUGAACAUGGCUGCGAACCUGAACGUCCUGCCGCCCUGGUGGAAAAUGCUACCUGGCCAGAGCAGCGCGUUAUUGUGGGCACGGUUGCAACGCUGGCAGAUGCCGCACACGAGGCACAGAUCAGCGGUCCAAGUGUUGUCAUCAUUGGUGAUGUUGUUGCAAAGCGGAAAGCCUGA